CAAAAUGGUCAAAUGCCGGGAAUAAAUGAGGGGAAAACACGCCGUAACCCUGCCGUAAAACAAAGAUAAGUGAAUUUUAUUCAAAAUUACGUGAACUGUCAAUAGCUUUUCUCGCUUUUUGAUUGGCUUCUUAAAAAAGGCCACAAAAUCUCAUUGGUUAAAAAGUUGACAAUUUGACAGCUGUAAGUUGAACUUCAAAGCUUGCAUAAAUUAAAAUUUUAUCAUCCAUCUGUACUCUUAUUGAUGAUAAAAAUGAGCCAGCGCACGAGAAAUCAGACAGAUAUUGUAAAAAGAGCAGUUGCCUUCAGUUAUAGACAUCAAGGAGGCUGUGGACAGCUUCUAAAAUGGAAGUUCAAUCUCACCGUCACCGACAGUUUUUCCUUGUUUUUUCAGAACCGUUUCUAAAUAAUGAAACAAUUGUGAAAAGAAAAAAAAAGACAAUUCUGAGCGGACAUCUUAAGAGUAUUGCUGUACAGUUUCUCCUCCUCAGAGGUGCGAAACGUUUAAUAGAAGGCGGCUGUGCGAGAUGAGUGCAUGCGCAAAAACACGCCUCCGCUCAUAGCGUUCAGCGGAAUCUCCCCACCCGAAAAACCCCUUUGAGCCUCUGCGAAGGAGAGAGGGCCCUUGCCUGGUUUCUAAAGAUUACACCGAUCCAGUCUAGCUAUGUGCAUGCCCUAAAAGCUGGUUUCUAUAUGAUCGCUGCGCGGAUCGCCAAGAUUACUGAAAAGAGUUCAGCACUCCCUGCGAUCAAAUGGAAACAGAGUAUAAAAUGGGGGAGACAAGGGGGGAGGACGGGGAUUGUAUUCAAGAGGUGGGAGAGUUUUUCGUGUUUUGCCCCCACCCCCAACCCCUCCACCUUAGUCUCGAGUCCAAGACUGGACGCGACAGAGCAGCGAAAAUCGAGCCAACCCCCCCUCCCCCCCCCUCUAUCCUCUCCCCUUCCCAAAUUUACGACUGCCACGCAAGCUAGAAAUUUUACUAAGAAGGUUUUUCAUGUGAAGAGGUACUUUGCUAUAUGGCAAAGCAGUCUUAAUUGAGGUAAAUCCAAUCGUUUCUUUUGGUUCUUUCUUGGUCGGGAUUUUGCCUCACGGAAACGGUCAUAAGCCGUGUAGUUAUUGGUUUGAAAGCCGGCAAAUUUGAAGCAAGUAUGGGCCGAGUUCCACGUGAUAAACUGCUCACUAACGUUACUUUCUCGACCCUUACUGGGGAAUGUUGGCUCCUCGACUGCAAUCGGUAGGUCCGCCACGACCUCGGGCCAAUAUUCUCCACUGCAGCACUCGCGCUCGCUUAGUAUAAGAUGUUAUUACUGAUUUAGGCAGACGUAACGUGGAAGAUCUGGUUAUAGUAAAUAGAUCUUAUUUGAUAUUUGACUGCGUGACUGAAUAAUUUUCCUGUUCUUCCACUGCGCACGCGUACGAGAUUAUAGAAAAUGGAAAUGAAAAUAACUUGAGUCACAAAUAAAUACAAAGGAAGUCGAUUUCCAAUUAUUUACGUGAAUGUUUCCGUUAAAUGGACGUUAAGAGGUUAAAAGAAUACGUUAAAUCUUUGGUCCUAACAUGAAAAUGCGGGGAUGGCUAGACAAGAUGAGGUCAUGGAAGGUAAUAAUGCGCUAGCAAAUGAUGAAGAACAACAUCUCAUUCCUCCGCCACCACCAACUUAUGUGUACUUCCGGCUUGGCCGAGAGCAACAUGAUGUCGAUAAACGCAAAGGAUUUGUGUUAAAUAUCUUCAAAGUUACCUUCUGUUUGCUUGGAUUAUGGAGUCAUCAGGCUUGGAACUUCAUUCCUCGCGUGCUAGUCACCGCUAUUUGCGUUUAUCAAGUCGUUUACGAUUUCUAUGUUGUGCUAGGAUGUCACGGUUUUGAUUGCAGCUUCUUACAAAACUCCACGGAUUCUAAAAAGCCUUCUCACCACAAAGACGACCGUCAGAUUGCCAAUACUGUGUACACUAUAGUUUCCCUCGCAGCUGUGGUUUCGUAUGUCCUUUUCAUAGGUUGUUUCAUUGUAGCCCGACGCAAGGAUUCGGCUUUAGUAGCACCCUCCGAAUCACUGCAGGAAGACCUCGAGACACCGAAUGUCUGGUGCUUGUAUUUUGCAUUUGUUAUUAUAACAGUGCUUUAUUUAACAUCGGUGGCUAUGUUUUACGCCAUCAUAUGGAGUCAGCCACGAAAUUCGUACUUCGAUAUUCUUGCCACAGGAGUGGGUAUGCAACUUUUGGCGCAGUGGACCGCAAUAACUACUUGUCACGUGUUUGCCGUCAGUUCCUUUACACUUGGUACUAUUGCACAAGACGCCUUCAGGCGUAUCCGGGACGAGCAGAAUAGAACCCUGGAUGACGUCAUAAGAAUUCACGAAGAGCUGUGUACAGUUGUUUUGAAUACAGUGUCAGCUUACAGCGUGUGGUUCGUGGUGCACUGGUUUACUUACGGAGUAGGCGUUGUUUUAUCUGUCAUCUACAUAUCCAAAGAAUUGCUUUCGAGGAACAAAUAUAGCACUGCAACCAUAAACCUAGUGUAUCUCGGCUUGUUCUUCCUAUGCCAUCUCUAUCUGUUUCUUCUUCCCUGUUUGUUUGCCGCCAGGAUUACAAGCAGUUGCACAGGAAUCUACGAGAGAAUCAACUGCACCAGAUCUGAUGACUGGAAUGAAGGCCACCCGUUCAGGGAUCGCCGUAACAUCGCUCUGUUCGUUUCCUAUGCUAAGGACACGAGUU